AGGAGACCAAGGCGGAAACUCUGGACAGCUUUGGCUCGCUGCGGAGGAAGCGGCUGGGGUCUCCCAGGGAGUUGGCAGGCUGCGGAUGGAGAAGUUUUCACAACUAGAAUAAUUUAAAAUAAUAAUCAUGAACACCAAAGAUUUUGUAGUUAUUCCAUGGGGAAAGCCUGGAAAUUCUGUAAAGCUAAAAUACAAAAAUGUUCAAGAACUUCGAAUGGAGAAAGUACAGUUAGAAUUGGAGAACCAAGAAAUGGAAAAGAAAUUACAAGAAUUCCAAUCAACAAGGAAAAAAGAAGAGACAAAGUCAAGUGGAUAUCAUUGGAAAUCUGGAAAAGUGAGCAAAUUGGGUUAUCAAUCACCUGUGAUGUCACAAAAUAAGGGAAAUGCCAUUAAGCUUUCUACAGGAAAAGUGAAAUUAAAAUUACUGAAGCAGCAGAUUCAAGAACCAGUGAAACAACCAGCUAAGUAUAUAAUGGAAGAUUCCUCUGGAAGUGAAAAACCCAAGAUAAAAGGGAAGAUCUGUGGACAGUGUGAGAACAAAUCUGCUCUACUAGUAUGCCUUGAAUGUGGUGAAGAUUAUUGUUCAGGAUGCUUUGCUAAAAUCCACCAGAAGGGGGCACUGAAGCUCCACAGAACAACACUUUUGCAGGCAAAAUCUCAGAUAUUAUCCAGUGUAUUGGAUGUUGCUCAUCGAUUUAUAAAGGAAGUUAAUCCAGAUGAACCCAAAGUGGGAAAUAAUUCUAUAAAAGACACGAGUAAAAGUCAUCAGAAAUCCAAGUCUCUAGUCCUGCAGGGGAGCAACUCUGAGGUAGAAAUUACAACAAAAAGAGCUGAGUGCACAAAUCCGAGAGAUAGGCUCUUGUGUGAAGGGUCAUUCGAUGAAGAAGCUUCUGCCCAGUCCUUUCAGGAAGUGUUAAGUCAAUGGAGAACUGGAGAUCCUGAUGAUAAGACAAGACAGAAUUUAAAUGCAGCAAAACCAGAUUCAUUGGAAGAAUGUGAAGUACAAACUACUCUAAAAAUUUGGAGAGAACCACUUAAUAUUGAAUUUAAAGAAGAUAGUCUAUCCUAUAUGGAAAAAUUAUGGCUCAAAAAGCACAGGAGAACUCCACAAGACCAGCAAAACACACUUCCGGAUACAAUCCUACAUCCAUGUGGAACCUCUAGUGAAGCAGAGUGCUCUCGGAAUGAAAAUGAUGAAGAUAGCGAUGAUGUUGAAGAGAAUGAAGUACAACACUCAACUUUUUUUUUGCCAGUGGAAGAAGAAAACCUAGAGAGAGCUGAAUCCUCUCUAAAGAUAAUAGAGUUGGAUGAUACUUAUGAAGAGGAACUUGAAGAACCAGGAGACAUUGUGCCUUACAAAGUUGAGUUAGCUAAUUCAGACAGUCAACCAAGUUGUACGUUUCAUGAUUAUCAGCAGAAUAGGUUUCCACAUGAAAAUGAUAUCCAUCAAAAUCAUGUUUUCAACGAGGAGAAAACAGACCUCUUAAAUCUUGGUCUGAAAAACAACUCCAUGUAUUGUGAAGAUAACCUAAAAGCAGGAACUUCAUAUGUAGAUUUUGACAAAGUUAUGGAUCCUGAUGUUUAUUAUCUCAACAUCGGAAAAAUAGGGGAAAACAGCUCUUUUAAAGGAAAUUUCAAAGACAAACAGAUAGAUACAGAAAGUAACCAAAAGUCUGAUGAUUCCUGUACAUCUCUUGAGAGGAAGGAUUCCUUGACAAAUAUAGAUUUAGAUAAACCUUCUGUUGAGGAGAAAUUAUCUCAACACAUCAAAGAAUCCUUGGAAUCUAGCAAUCUUCAUGAAAGACCAAACUCUUCUAAAACUACAGAAUCACCACUGUUAUUACAAGAAAUAGCCCUCAGAAGUAAACCUAUAACUGAACCAUAUCAAGGACUUGAGAGAUUCUUUACUUUUGAUAAAAAUGAAAAACUGAACUUAAUUCCUUCUUAUAGUUUAGAAUGCAACCAUUCCAGUACUAGGAUUACACUUGCAGGAGAUAGAGAAUGGAUCCCAGAAAGUAGCUUAAGUGUACAUGCUAAUAAUGCAGUUGCCUGUGGUCUUGUGCAGAGUUUCCAGUCUCUUUCAUCAAGUGUAUACAAGCAAAAAAAGGGCCAGAAGUCACAGAGACCUUCAACAGCAAAUUUACCACUUUCCAACUCUGUUAAAAACAGCUCCAACUGCCUUUCAUCCUCUCAGCCUCGACCAAGAAGUGCAGCUGUUCGAUCAUUAUCUAGAGCUGCUUCGGAAAUUUUAGAAAUUGAAUAUAUUGAUAUUACUGGCCAGAAUGAACCUUUCUUAGAUAACACAGCUGAUCAACAAACUUUAGAGAGUUUGGAAAAAGAAUUAGAUGUGCUGAGAAAUCAUGCAGAUCCUUCAGAAAAGCUUUACAGCCUAACCUCAGAAGAGUUACCAGCCUUCAACAACCAUUCUCUGAGUAUAAGUCAGACUUCCACAGAAUCCCUUGGAAAGAGCUCACAGAUGUGGGAUCCCUGUGGAGUUGAAGAAUUAAGCUCUUAUGGAAAAGAUACUGAAAUGCAAUCUUUGCUGCCACUUUCUGAGAGCAGUACAGAUGAGGAGGAAGAUUUCCUUGACAAGCAACAUGUCAUCACACUACCGUGGUCAAAGAGUAUUUAAUGGUCAUUUGUUCAUUACUUUUCCAUUUGUUACCCAGAAUAAAGCACACAACUAAAAAAAAAAAAAAAAAAAGCAACUAAGUGAUUACCUGAUUACCUGUCCUGGUGCUGAAGAUUUUGAUUAUUAAUGUCUUUGAUGUUUCAAGGAUUGUAAACUAAUAAAAUUUAGUGAAGUUUUAACUUUAAAAUCUUUUACUCCCAAAUGAUAUAUGUCAAAUACCAAUCUCUAUUGCAGAUUAUAUUAGUAAAAUUUGGUAAAUUUUAAGAAAUAAUAGUGAUAAUUAUGUCUAUAAAAUUUACCAUAUGACAGAUAGGUUUAUAUUUAAGGUAAUAUUUAAAUAUUUUUAUUAUAUUUAAAGUAAUAUUUAAAUAUUCAGUUAAAUUUUAAGUAAUUGUCAUUAAAAAUAGAGUACAUUUGAUAAUCAUGUCAUAGUAGUCCAGAUCAUCAAUUGAGCCUGUAAUUGCAGUGCCUUUUUUCCCCCUUGAGUAUUUUUGACAUUUAUAGAAGUCUGGUAGCUUCAAAAAUUGAUGCUAGGAGGGAAAAAAGUUUAAAAAAAUAGAGAUAAAAAAAGACACAAAAUAAAGCUGACAUAUUUGUCAUACUUUUUUUUUUCCUAGUAAAUCACUGAAAACACCCUAAAGCAUCUUAUUUGGGUAAGGCCAAUGUUAUGGUUAGUUUCAUAUAUUAACUGGGCUAGUUUAUGGUACUAAACUAGCCCAGUUAAUAUAUGGGAUAUAUUAUUUUUUUAUUUUUUUUUGUUCAAACAUUAUCGUAGAUGUUUCUGUAAAGAUUUUUUUUGGAUGAGAUUAACAUAUAAGUAGACAUUGAUUAAAACUGAUUAUUCUCCACAAUGUGGAUGAGCUUUAUUCAAACAUUGUAUGAAUAUGUGAAACACCUGAGAUACUCUGAAGUUUAGGGAAUUCUGCCUUCACUUUGCCUUUGGGCAAAGAGAUGCAACAACAUUUCUCCUCUGGAUCUUUAGCCUGACAUCCUGCCUUACAAAUUUUGGACUUGCUAGUGCCUUAACUGUGUGAGCCAAUUUCUUAGAAUGGAUCUCUCUUUCUCCAUAAUACCCCUUACCCACACAAAUUCACUGCAGGUUCUUUGUGUGGAGAAUGCUAAUCUAGGCAGCUUGAAGGACCUCCAGAAGUCAGGUUUUAUAUAACUGUAAGCAAAAUAUCCAACCAUAAAAAUUUAGAGGAGGAAAAGCUUAUUCAGGACUCAUGGUUUCAGAAGUCUCAGUUCAUACAUGGCCAGCUUCAUUGCUCUGGGUCCAAGCUGAGGCAGCACAUCACUACAGAAGGGUCCAGCAGAGGAAAGCAGCUCAGUUCAUGGCAGGUUCAAGAAGCAGAGAGGGGAGGGAGAAGUGGGUACAGGGCAGAUGCAGUCUUCUAGGGCAUGUCCUUAGUGACCCACCUCCUCCAGCCAGACCUCAUCUGCCUACAGUUACCUACCAGUCAGUCAGUUCAUACUGGAGCAACCUGAUUAGAUUACAGCACUCCCAAUCCAAUCAUUUCACUUCUGAAUAUAACUGCAUUAAUGUAGGAGUUUGGGGGUAUACCGCCUAUGCAAAGCAUAACAUAGUCAAAGGAAAUUAACCCAUCGGAAGCGUUUUAUUGGUCAUGCUGAGUAGCAGAGGGUGGGGUUCAGGUUUCACUUAAGGAAGAACAAAAAAGCACAAGAGAAUUCAUGUGGGAUAAUUUUGUGGUUGUAACCUUGGGCCAUUUUAAGAUAGUUUUCCCUUGUGAAAUUUGUUGACAUCAGAAAAAAUAUUCUGAAGGCUGGCUGUGUACUUUCACCAAAACAGCCAUGUCUCAGGGUUCAAACUCUUUUUGUCAUCUAUGUGUUUCUGAGCAGUAACCCAUUAUACAAGACAGAUGACCGUUCAUGAAAAUUUAUCUUUGAUACUUUUCUCGUGGCAUCAAUAAAUUGCACUGGAACCUGAACCUAUCACUUACUGACAGGUUAGACAAUGAUGAGACUUACAGCUGUUUCUAUGUCUUUUACUAUAACAGUCCCCUUUAUUGAACAUGAUAUAAGUGGAUAAUAAGCAAAAGCAAGCUAGUCAUAUUGUUAGAAUAAAAUGUUGCAAAAAACAAGUGUCUUCAGAAAGACUGUGACUCCUAAAGUAACUUUUACUUUCCUCAUGACACUUCCUCUAUCACAAUCCCCUAGACACAACAGUGAGUCACUCUUGAAUCUUCACCACCUGUAUGAAAAGCCCUCCUGGCAUCUCAUCCCGAGGCUGCUGGCUCUCUGAGUUUCAGUAUCUGUGGUUAAAGGGGGUUGAAUGUUCAUCUUUUAAUAUAGGAAAAGUGUUUUUUUUUUCCUUUUACUGUAUCUGCUCAGGUUUUAAAUUUCUUGACUUCUCGGUUGCUCUGAGACAACCUUUGUUUCUUUUCUCAAGAAGGAGCAAAUUGUUCCUUGAAAUGCCAUUUGUAAAACUCAAGUGCUUUUCUCAAUGUGAAGGAAGUGUUGUCUUAUUUUUGUUAGAGAACAACUGGACCACUAUGAUUCCUUCUAUGUAUUCAGCCACAGCUUCUAUCUUUUAUGAACUGGCUCAGAAGAUUUUAUAUGAUGUCACUAUCUUUUACAAUAUAAGAAUGUUGAAAUGAAUAUUAAGCUGAUGAUUAAUCAGCAUUAAUGCAUCUCUGGCCAAAAUCUGAGGUAAGAAAAGUGCCAUACAGACUUUCUAAUUUAACUUCCAAUACAAUAUUGAAAUUAUACAUGAGGGUCCUCUAUGGCAGAGAAGAGAGCAGACUUCCUCUCCUUUUGUUUGAUUCCCAUAACCACACAUUUAGGAAAGUUCCUUAAUUCCAUUGCUAUUAGUCUAAUGAGGAAUUAAAAACUAAAUAAGAUUAGAGCCUUUGCCUGAAGCAGCUUUGAUGUGUUCUCUCAUUUUGGAGUUUGAGCUUAAAAUUGCUGUUAAAGGCCUACACCUAACUCUGACUAUGGAACUGAAAGAGAGAUUGAUAUUCCAGAAGAACGCUAACCAUAUUUCUAAUACUGUAGUUAAUACAGUGGACCUGUAAAAACUAUUAUAUAACUACAUGAAUUUAUAAAUAUGUUGAUAUUUGGAAGUUUGAACCCAGAUUCUCCUAAUUUUCUAUUAGCCAUAUUAAAUUCCAUAAUUUUACAGCUAUGUAUAUCCAUACAAUGGAGACAAAUGUUAUUAUGUUGUAUUUGGUGGUUUGAGUAUAGUGUUUGAUAUCCAUUGAAGCCAUUCACGUCUACUGCACUCUAGGGGACGCAACACAGGUCAGUUUUUUCCUGAUGCCCUUAAGAUUGUUUCACAAUGUACCAGAUAUGUGAGGUUCACAGACAGCAUUCUUCAAUGAAUAAGUGUUUAAAAAUGACUUAACCUCUGUAAUAAGACACUCAGAUAUUUUAAACGCUGCACUGAUUCAGAAAAAGCAGUUCCUUCUGUCUCUGAUUCAGUUUUUGGAAAGAUUUUAAACAAUGCUCAUGUCAUCCAGGUUUUGACACUUGCUAUUUCUGAUCUUUUAGGUUUCAAAAUAUACCUUGUAAAAGAACUUUCUCUAAUCUCUAUGCAAACUGAUUUCCCUUGUCCUUUUAUUCUUUCUUUAUCACUUAUCAAUACAGUUGUGUGCUUUUCAAGAUAUUAUGACUACAUUAAAAAUUUCAAUAUAGCACUACUGUGUCCAUUUAGUUCACCACUGUGCAUAGCCCCACCCAAUGCCUAACUCAGAUUAGAAGGUGAAUGAAUUUGCAGGAUUCAAGUGAUAAGGCUUUUCAGUCCCCAACUUUGCCAAGGGAGACAAUAUCAUAUAUAUAGUGAGAGAAAUGUGGGAUCUAUCUCAGGUUGCUAUUGAUUUUGUGAGAAUAAGAUGAAGUUAGGAAUGCAAAAACACGUUGGAGCCAGAAAAGGCUGUGCCAUGCUAAUUAUUAUCACUUUUCAUGAGUUUAUGCCAUAAUUUUUGAGUAUAUGGAUGAAUUAAGGGUGGAUUGGUAUGUGAAUUUAGGGUCACAUAGACAUAAAUAAUGGACAAAGCCCACUGAACAUCAAAAAUGGGAAGUGCUCUCUCAGUGAACUGAAUAAUUAGACUGAAUGAUGCAUAAUGCCAGUGUUUACAUUAAAAGCUAGAUAUUUAAAAUUGUUCUAUUGAAAUUAUUUCUGAAACAUUGAUACAUACACCCAUAACUUUCUUCUACUGUAUAUAUUAUAAGCUUUUAAAUACUAAAAUUUUUCUAACACUUUAUAAACAUUCUUUACAUCAUACUUCCAGAGAAAAGUCAAAACAUACUAUUUAUACAUUCCCAAAUCUGUUUUUAUAGGAUAUUCUGUUUCAUCAUAAUUUUUAUCCCUAGUUAUUUAUUACUAGCCACAUUUGCAUGAAAACAAUGUUUAUUUCCUUUGAGUUCAUCUGUGCCUGUAGUUUAUCCCCUACCUAAAGUCAUAAUUCUUUGUUAGUGACACCCUGAUUGUUCACUGGGUAAAUGAUUAUGAUGUUGCAAACAAGAUUAUGAUUUGAGCUGGGGAAUAACCAGCAGGCAUAGAUGAACUCUCAGGAAAUAAAGAUCCUCCUCUUUUAACACAAGUGCCUUCCAUAUUUAAGGCAAAGGAGAAGAUAUUCUCAGCAUUCUCCAUAAGAAGGUGACAGUUAUGUUUAAAAUGUGAAGAAUUAAUUGAUUGAUAAUGUUUCUUCUUCAAAUGCAUAUAGAACACAGUAACAGUAAUAGAGACAUAGUUUUGAAAGGAGUCUUUUUGCUCUUCUGCUACAAGGAAGCAAUAUGUGUAUUACUUUCUAUCCAGAAAAAAAUACACUUAUUCCAGAUACAAAUGUUUAUAACAAUUUCCAAAGGAGGAAUUAGUCUUCAUCCCUAUUUUACAAUUAAUUAAACCUUAUAUAGUCAACAUAAAUGUGAAAGAAAUGUUUUGCGGUAAAUUUUUAUAUAAUUUCACCUUUUUCACUUACUUGUCUGUUUUUAUAAGAUGCUAUUUUGUUGUUCACUCAAAUGAUAAUGGUGUUCCCAAAUAGAUCUGUACUUUAAAAAGAAGACCUGGAAACACAGGCAGGAGAUGAAGAUACAGGUUUUAUUUUUUAGAAGUAUUCAGGGCAUUUAUUUUCUACUCUGACUACCUAUGUCAUAGGCCUAGAAGAAUAUCUCUUAGGUUAGGCUAUUGAAUCAGGUAGGAUUUGGUUUAAUUUUAUUUAAAAACACCCAGUAAAAGUGUAAUAAAAUAAGUUUAUUUCCCUUUUAUGGAAAUGGAGUCUGGUAGGCAGUCAGGGGCUACUAAGGCAACUACCUGGAACUAUUCUGUUCCACCCUCAAGGUCACCUCACCAUCCCAGUUGGUUAGAGGUGUCUGGCCAUCAUAAUCUGAGAUCCAGCUUUUAGAAGGGAGAAAUGAAAGAACCAAUUAGGCAUCUUCCUCACUGAGGCUUCUCUUCCUGCAAGUCUUACUUAACAUUUCUGCUUGCAUAUUUCAGCCAGAACAUAGCCAUAUUUAGAUGCAAGAGAAUCAGAAAUGUGGUUGAAUAUGUGGGUACAUUGCUGCCCUGAUAAAAUUAGGGUUGUGUUCAGAGGGAAGAUGAGAAGAGAGAACACAGAAGGCAACUGUGUUUUUUUUUAAUUUUUAAAAAUUCUCUAAUAUUAUCCUCAUUACUGACCUACAGUUGAUUGUUUUCUUCAUAUAUGGAUUUUGUAGCUAAUGUUUGUAAUAAGUGGUAGAAACCAAUAUUUGGAGAUUUAAAUAAGUCACAUUUGGAGGCACUACAAUACUUAAAUAAUUCAAUUUCUUACGUAAUCCAUACCUAUAGUUCAUGUUUUUAUGCCUCCACAAAGGCAUACUAUACACAAACAGAGAGCUCAUCAUUAUUCAGCUUCAAGUUUUCACCUUAGGACUUCUUGAAACACAUUCCACAUCUCUUUAAAGUUCAGACUUUGGGCUAAUGCCCAAAUCCAAUCUGCUUUGGCAAAGAUUUGCAAUGCACUGUGCUAAAAUGCUAUGAUCUGAAAUAUUGUUUCAAAUGAAUGUUCUAAUAUUAGGAGUUCAGAAAACUAUGAUAUCAUAAAUUUCACAAUUUAAAAUAAUAUGUAAAAGAAAAUCCUAUGUUGGAAUUUAGUACACUAGAGCCAAAGAUUUGAGGUGGUCCCACAGAUAAAAGUCUCACUACUUUGUUCCCAUGGAGCAAGAUUUAAAUCCUUUACAUUCAAUAUAUAUGUACAAUAAGAUUGUGUUCAAACUGAGUUCUGGGGGGGAUAGGCUAUCUUGAUUUGGAGAGGAUAAUUAAGAACAACCAAAUUGUUCAACAAAUAUGUGUUUGCUGGGAUAUAUUUUAUAUAAAGAAUUAUAAGUAAGAUUGAAGAAAGACUAUGAAUCCCAAAUUUUGAGAUCCAUGGUUAGAGUUUUUUGAAGAUCUCUGAGCCCCAAUCUCAUGGUGAUCAUCUGGGAUUUAUGUUGUCACAAGUUUUAAGAUAUGCGGCUGAAUUUAUAUCCUUCUGCUAUAAAACCAGACUCUAGAGGACCAUGGGUAGAAGAUAGUUCUUCACUGAAAUCCAUUCAAAUAUCACUAAGUGCCUAUAUCACUUCACUGACUUCAAGUUAGAUUUUUUUCUUCAAAUAUGUG